AUGAGGAGGGCAUACUUUAUCAUAUGUGAAACAGUAUAUAGUUUGCACUGCGUACUCGCUGCUACUCUGGGAGAACUCCACAUUCCUUUCCCGUCUGCUCAUCUAGCGACUGUAGCCUAUAACUCGCUGAGAGUUGACAAAGAACCAAAACGAAGUACAACUACCAAAGUUCUCUCAUUGGAAGCAAAUAUUUUUAUUAGAUCUUUUACAUCAGGAGACACCCGGCAAUUGAGAACUGCCGUUAAUUCAUUUCUUGAUUUACUAAUCCUUGUCUCAAAGGCAAUAGAUGAGUUUACACCUCCUGAUUUCAUAAUUAAAGAAUGUCCCUUAAUGAUUUAA